AUGCCUCUCUACGAGGUAUCUCACGCCACCCCUCUAAGCCAAGGCCAGAGGGAUCAGCUCGCCGAGUCCAUCACCGCAAUACACAGCACCAAGUUCACCGUCCCGAGAAUGUUCAUCAACGUCAUCUUCACAGACUCAUCAAACACCCCAACCUACGUCGGCGGGAAACAACGCAAAUCAAACCGCAUCGUCGGGCGCGUCCGCCGGGGAUCCUCCCGGACGCAGGAGGACUUCAGCUCGUUAUGCUACGAGAUCCGAGCCGCGUGGGCUCAAAUCGUGCACCCGGAGACGGCAGAUGAGGGAGGCAAGCUGCCGCCUCAGGAUCUGGAACUGAGGUCGGUCUUUAUUACCGGGGAGCUCAUCGCCGGGUUGAAAGCCAGUUUCAGGACACCAUCGGCUGGCGAUGAGCUUGCGUGGGCUGAGGAGAAUUACGCAGCGUUCAAGGAGAGGGCAGAGGCGGGAGAUGAGGAUUUUGCGGAUCUUGUUGCUGAGAUUCAAAGUUGGCCAGAGUUUGAGUUUUGA